AAAAAAAAAAAAACAUGACCUUUUCUUCAAUUUUCUCUUGAAACCCGUCCGUUUUUUAGGGUUUCUCGCUAUCCCAAUCUUCCUUCUGCUACUGUGCUCUAUUUAAAUUCCUACACCAAGGCUUUUUCUCUACCCUCGUUCACAACCACGCAAGGUAGAAACUACGUAGUCUACGUUGUUCACCUGCCCUCGCUUUCUCUCUCCUCUUCUCUCUCAUCUCCCAAGGAAAUUGUUUAUUUAACCUACAUUAUCGACAGUCAGCCAAAGUGGAGGGUGUUAAGGUUGAAACUUAUUUUAUGUCUAAACGGGCCUCCCUCUUUUUGUCAUCAAUUGGGUUGCUUGGAGAGUACUGUCCGUCAUCAAGAAAAAAGAAUAGACAUUCUUUUGUCAAGGUUAGCUGCGUGCUACUUGGGUCAUUUCUAGAACGCAGUCAGGGUUGCCAGUUCAUGCGACCUUUUCCAUUUGCAAGGACUUCACCAAAUUUUGAAAAAGAAGUUCUUAGUGAAAGAGUUGCCUUGUUACCCUGUUGAUAAAGUUUUGCACACGCAUAUUUCUUGGAAACAAGAUGGCUUUACAAAAUAUUGGUGCUGGAAACAAAGAUGAUGCCUUUUAUAGGUACAAGAUGCCCAGAAUGAUAACCAAGAUAGAAGGUAGAGGGAAUGGCAUCAAGACCAAUGUGGUCAACAUGGUUGACAUUGCGAAGGCUUUGGGUAGACCUGCUUCCUACACCAUAAAGUUUUUCGGCUGCGAACUUGGAGCCCAAUCUAAAUUUGAUGAGAAGACUGGAACAUCUCAUGUUAAUGGGGCCCAUGACACUGCCAAACUUGCUGGUCUUCUCGAAAAGUUCAUCAAGAAAUAUGUUCAGUGCUAUGGCUGUGGGAAUCCUGAAACUGAGAUACUCAUUAAUAAGGCAUAGAUGAUUACCCUAAAAUGUGUUGCUUGUGGGUUUUUGUCUGAUGUUGAUAUGAGAGACAAGCUUACAACGUUUAUUAUUAAGAACCCCCAUGAGCAGAAGAAGGGAUCGAAAGACAAGAAGGCAAUGAGGAGGGCUGAGAAAGAGCGGGUAAAGGAAGGUGAGAUGGCGGAUGAGGAGCAGACUAAACUUAAGAAAGAGGCUGUUAGAAAGGAGGCUGCAAAGAAGAAGGGAUCCUCCACUGCUGGCUCUAAGGAUGUUUCUUCCAAGUCAUCCACCAAGAAGAAAAACAAUGUUUCUGAUGGAGAUCACUCUCCUACAGAGGCAGAUGAUAACGAAACAGCUGCGGCCACAGUUGAUACUGAGGAUGACGAUGACAUCCAAUGGUAGACUGACACAUCAGCUGAGGCAGCACGCCAACGUAUUCAACAACAGCUGAGUUCUAUCACUGCUGGCAUGGUGAUGCUUUCAACCAAUGAAGAGAGGCCAAAGUCGGUUAAAAAUUCACCUGAGCGUGACGAAGACAAAAUCCAAUCCAAGGUCAAUGGCCAUUCAAACGGGGUAAAAGUUGAUUAUUCUAAUUCUCAUGAGAAGCUUGUGGGUGAGAUUAAGGAAUUUCUGAACAAGGGAACCUCUGCUAGCCAGCUGAAGUCCUUUUUGGGAUCCCUUUCUGGAACUCCUCAAGAGAUCAUGGAUGCCCUCUUUGAAGCCCUUUUUGAUGGUGCAGGGAAGGGGUUUUCAAAGGAGGUGACCGAGAAGAAGAACUACCUGGCAGCCAUCACUCAAGAGGAGGGAUCACAGCUGGUUUUGCUUAAUGCUAUCGAGGUUUUCUGUGGGAAAGCAAGACCUGAGGCAGCAAAGGAGGUGGCUUUGGUGCUCAAAGUACUUUACGACAGUGAUUUGCUGGAAGAGGAGUAUAUAGUGAAGUGGUAUGGGAAGGGAUUGGAUGGAAGCAAUAAAGGCUCGCAGAUUUGGAAGAAUGUUAAGCCCUUCGUGGAGUGGCUCCAGAGCGCCGAGUCAGAAACUGAAGAGGAGUGAAACAGGAUGCCCGUGUCUGCCUAUAUCCAUGCUGUUUUAGCUGUUUCGUAGUUCUUUAUCUAUUCUUAGUGUGGUCAAACGGUAAUGCUUCUUGUUCGUCAUGGGAUAAUAUGCUUGUUGGGUCAGUUUGUUUAGGUUUAUCUGAACCCUGUUAAAGACAGCUUGAAAUAAUGGGGAAAUCUGGUUUUCCCCCUGUUGUGUUUGUUUUCUUUCCUGCGCUACUGAGUUUAAUUUUAAUUUUUUGGAUUUAUGAUU